AUGAAUGCAGGAGGCAUGAUUGGUAAGGUUGCUGAUGUCACAAAAGUCAAAGAUAUUGUUGAUAGUGAGGGCAACAGUCUUAGGCUACAGCUCCCAGUCAAAGCCGAGGGAAUCACGGCGAGCUCGCUGGGCGCAUCUACAAAGGCCACCAUGCUGAAGAAACUGAGCUCUCUCUCAUCCAUUCUGUUCACACUGCAGCUUCAGGGACGAAUGCUUCUCGCACUGAUCCUGGUGACCGGCAUUGGGGGUGGCUUCCAAUAUGGAUUCAACAUGUCGUCUAUCAAUGCGCCUUCAGCGUUCAUUAAGGAAUUCAUCGCUGAGACGUGGUUCCAACGCUUUGACAAAUCUGUGGACGGAACCACAGUGAAACUGCUCUGGUAUGUAAUCGUCUCAAUUUAUCCAAUCGGAGGACUGCUUGGAGCCUUAAACGCCGGCCAUCUCUCUGUCAAGUAUGGGAGGAAGAACGCUUUGCUCUUCAACAACAUUGUGGCCAUCACAGCUGCAAUUAUCAUGAUGUUCAGCAAGAGGGUGCAGUCGUUUGAAAUGAUUCUGGUGGGGCGGCUCCUGUACGGGAUCAAUGCAGGCAUUGGUCUCAACGUCCACAGUAUGUACCUCGGGGAAAGUGCGCCGAAGGAGCUGCGAGGCCUCGUGUCCCUGACCCGAGCAAUGUUCGUCGCUUUCGGUAAAUUCUUUGGACAAGUGAUUGGACUCAGGGAGAUUUUGGGCACAGAGACAGCUUGGCCAUUGUUGUUGGCCUUCAGCGGAAUCCCUGCUCUCAUCCAGCUCAUCCUCCUGCCCUGGUUCCCAGAGAGCCCCCGGUACUUGCUGAUCGACAAGGGGAAUAAAGACUUGUGUAUGGACGCGCUCAGAAGACUAUGGGGUCAGGGAGAUUUCUGUGAGGAGGUUCAGGACAUGGAGGCGGAACAAGCUGCUACAAAAGGCGAGCGACUGAAGACCGCCCGGGAGCUGUUCCAGGAUCGCUCGGUGCGGUGGCAACUCAUCACCAACAUUAUGCUGACUGUUGCAAUGCAGCUGUGUGGCAUCAAUGCGAUCUAUUUCUAUUCCUCUGAGGUGUUCCAGGAAGCCGGAAUUCCUGAAUGGACAAUACCAUACGUGGUGGUGGGGGCAGGUGCCACAUUACUGCUCACAUCAGUGAUCAGUGGACUGUUCAUUGAGCGAGAUGGGCGAAAGGCCUUGUUGUGGAAAGGAUAUGGCCUAAUGACUCUCUGGGCAGCCUUGCUGUGCGUCACUCUGCCCCUGCAGCAUCAGUUCACCUGGAUGCCGUACUGCAGCAUAUUCCUCAUCUUUGCCUAUAUUUUCAGUUAUGGCAUUGGCCCUGCGGGUGUGACAGCAAUCAUUCCCUUCGAAAUCUUUACUCAGCCGUACCGGCCAGUGGCCUUCAUGAUCAAUGGCUCUUUCCAGUGGCUGGGCCUCGUCGUCAUGGGAAUGAGCUUCCCAUUUAUUGUGGAGGGAUUGGGCCCGUUCUGCUUCCUGAUAUUCCUGGGUGACUGUUUGAUCAUUGCCGUGUUUGUCUUCAUUAUUUUGCCGGAAACUAAAGGGAAAACCGUUCUGCAAAUCACGGAAGAAUUUCGGAAAAUAAACCGGAAGAGGAUGGGAGGUAGCUCGGUAGCAAUUCGCAGGAGGGUCUCGCAGAUCGUUCCAGAGGUCUUUGUUAUUGCUACCAAAUUGUAAGAGGUUGGCAUCAAAAGCUGCGAUUUAUUAGCCGCUGGAAGCGGGUGGGUGAGAUGCAGCUCUGACCUCCGAACUCUAUGUUGGCUGCAUUUCCAGCCAAUCAGCGGACAAUUGUCAUUGUGAAAACGUUUUCUACAACUGGAAUCGCAUAAGGGCCAGGCACACAGGGUCUGGAUGUUGGAUUUGUUAUAUAUUUGAACAGAUUGGGCCAAAAAUCAAGGUUCUAAGUAGCUUGACUGCAUAUGCCUUUUGCUGUUAGCUGGGUUGAUUCACAUGUGUUCUCAGUUGAAUUGUUGAUGUGGCUUGUCAACUUGAAACGCAAAAAGCCUACAUCAACGUGGCAUAAAACCAAAGUGCCUUUUGCAGUCUCAGAGUGAGCAGAAGCAUUUUAUACCCUGGCCAGUUGUUGUUGUUCACGAAUAAGACAUUUGUCUAUAAUAUUGCAAUGUGUAUGGAAAUGGUGGAUUAGACCAAUCUGGGUUCAAAUGGUGCUUCCACACAGGGACAGAUGUGGAGAGAUGCUGUUGCAUAUGGUUUUUGAUUUUCAAGACUCUCUUUUCUGCUUUGUUUCCUCCAUUCUAGCUUCCUCUAGCGCUGCUUUUUAAGCACUUAUGGCAAACAGGGCAAUCUGAACAAAUGCUUGUUGUUCCCAGUGAAGUGUGCCAAUCUCUUCAGGGAUGUUCUAAGAAUGUAUUUGAAUCUCUUUUUCUGUCCACCACAUGAUCAGUUGCGCUCACUUAGUUCUCCAUAAAGUAGCAUCUUUGGUAUUUGUUAGUAGACGUUCUUCCGACAUGCCCUGGCAAGUAACUAAGG